AGGGGAUGGAGAGCACUGGGAGUAGAGCCCAGUCAGCGCAACAGCAACGCAAUCGUCUGGCCUCGUCCCCGAGUCCACCGUUGAAUGUGAAUCUCGGCGGCGGACCCAACGCCAACAGCACAAACACCCUAAUGGGCAUUGAAUCAGAUCCUUUGCCACACCAGCAGCAGCAGCAGCCGCACGGCAGGAACAACAACAACAGUGGACACCACCGGAGCCACAGCAUAACGAAUGCCGCUGCCACCUCCUUUGUGAAUCUCCUGGACGGGUUCACGUCCCGCGUCUCCACGGCCGUUAGUGUGGCAGGCGGGACCAGCUCGAUGAGCCUGAUGAGCAGCCAGAGUGCGGCCAGCACUCCGGGAUCGACGCAUUCCAUAGCCAGUCUCACCAGCAUGGGAUCGCUGGGCACGACGGCGAAUGCCCUCUACUCCUCGAUCGGCAGUGCCCUCAAUUCCAUAACAUCGCCGAUACAAGCGGCCGCUGCGGCUGCCACCGCGACCACAACCGAAGCGGUUGUGGCUGCCGCCUCAGUGAUCACCAAUCACCUGAGCUCCCCCACCAGCGGCACGCCACCCCAUGGCCUGGGCGGGGAUGAUGACGAGGACUGCGACGAUUGCGAGGAGGACGAAGACGACGCCGUGGACAACGAUGGACACAUUGCAGCGCCCACACCAUCCAAGAGCUGGGCAGAAAUCAAGAUCAUCGUUCAGGAGAUGCGCAAGAAGCUCUCCACCCUCUCCUCGAUGGUGCCCACCAACGCCCAGUUCCGCCAUCUGUCGGAUGGGCGAGCCCGUUGCUAUUUCGUCGGCUCGCCGCCGCAGAACUGGGAGACGACCCUGCUCUUUGCCGACAUCAACAUGGAGCAGCAGGACGAGCAGCAGCUGCUGAUCCAGCGUCUGGAGGGUGACUCCGGCGUCGGCAUUCCCACCACCGCCGCAGGAUCCCCAACUGGAGGGCCCAGCCAGUCUAGCUUUCACUUUGGCCCCCUGCACAGACCCAAAUUAUCGUGGAAUCCGCUUCUGCAACAGCCCAUACCCAGCGCCCAUGUGAGCAGCACAAGUGGCAGCUCCUGUCCCUACGCCAGAGAGUUUCAGCUGCUGCAGGAGCGCAAGCGCCUCUCCACCUGGGGCAUCACCUGCUACGAGCUGCACAAGCCCUCCGGAAAGCUCGUCUUUCCCUGCUUCAACGAUCUGUAUCAGUGUCUGGACACAGGCUACAAUUCUGGCCUGCUGUUUCCCACACAGCUACGCACCUGCCCGCAGUGGACCGCUUUGGAUCCGCAGAUUUGUCCCCAGAACUCCGACAUGAUUGCCUACAUCAGUGACUGCGACCUCUUUGUCACCCACACGCUCAGCGGCCACGAGAAGCGGCUAACGUACACAAGUAGCGGCCGACACUCCUACCCGGACGAUGCGCUAAGCGCCGGAGUUCCCUCGUAUGUGAUGCAGGAGGAGUUUAGCCGCUAUCAGGGCUUCUGGUGGCAGCCGCACUCUGACGAUGGCAUCUACCGCAUUGUCUACGAAGAGGUGGACGAAACGGAGGUCUCCCUGUACACGUUUCCCUCGUCAACGGCUGUCCAUGGCCGGGUGGAUGAGUAUCGCUUCCCACGCACUGGCAGCACCAAUGCCAAGUCCAAGCUCAAGCUCGUUCAGUUCGUCCUGAACGAGUCGCUGCAGAUCAGCGAGAUUUGCAUCAAGGAUCUGCCGUACUCCCUCCUGGCCGUCUUCAGUUGGCUGGAGUACAUUGUCCGCGUCGGCUGGACACCAGAUGCCAACUACGUUUGGGUCCAGGGCCUGAACAGGAAGCAACAGAGGCUGGAUCUGUUUCUCAUACCGCUAGACAACUUCUGCGAGUCGUACAGCAGCCAGGUGUCCACCCCAACGGACUCCAUUGGGGACCACAGCUGGCGCAGCCUCUACAGUCGCACCAUCACGCCGCUGCAGGUGCUCUACACGGAGCAAUCGGAGAGCUGGAUCAAUGUCCACGACAUGCUGUACAUUCUCGAGGUCAGCGAGACUAGUGUCACCUAUGUGUGGGCCUCCGAGGAGACUGGCUUCCGGCAUCUGUAUCUCGUCACAUCCAGCCUGGUCCUGACCAAUGCCAAUGGCCAGUCCGAUGCUGGCACUCCGUCUGCUCCCCAGCAGCAGCAGCAGCAGGCCAGUUUUGUUGAGCAGUCGGCCCUCCAGCCGCGCAUCAUCAACAAGGUGGCGCUGACCAGCGGUGAAUGGGAGGUGUUGGCCAGGAACAUCUGGGUGGACAAGCCCAAUCAGUUGGUCUACUUCGUGGGUCUGCGCGAUACCCCCCUGGAGAAGCACCUCUAUGUAGUCAGUCUGCAGAGACCCGAGCACAUACGCCUGCUAACCGAGCCGGGGUACUCGUACCUCGUGGAGUUUGAUGAUGAAUGCUCGCUGAUGCUGCUGGUCUAUUGCAACAUCCAGAGACUGCCUAGCUGCAAGGUUAUGCGGGUGAAUCAGACCUGCCAGAACGGCGGCGUCAACGGCAUACAGAUCUCGCUGAUGGGAUACCUGCACGAGGGCGGCAAGCCGGAGCCACAAUAUUGCCCGCAAAUCUUUCGGCCACAACUGCCAUCGGGCGACAUCGUCUAUGCCAUGGUCUAUAAGCCGCACACAUUCGAGAUGGGAGUCAAAUAUCCCACGGUGCUCAAUGUCUACGGUGGACCCGAGGUGCAGACCGUGAACAAUACCUUCAAGGGAAAGCAUCAGCUCCGCAUGCACAUGCUGGCCGCUCAGGGAUACUGCGUGAUCUGCAUUGACUCGCGCGGGUCUCGGCAUCGCGGCAAGCGCUUCGAGAGUCACAUACGCGGCCGGAUGGGACAGGUGGAGCUCACCGAUCAGGUCGAUGCCUUGCGCAUCCUGGCCGACCAGCUAGGAUACAUCGACAUGGAGCGUGUAGCCAUCCAUGGCUGGUCCUACGGUGGAUACCUCAGCCUGAUGGGCCUGGUGCAGUUCCCGCAAAUCUUCAAGGUUGCCAUUGCCGGGGCGCCGGUAACCAAUUGGGAGUAUUACGAUACGGGCUACACGGAACGCUAUAUGGAUCUGCCGCACCACAACGAAGCUGGAUACUCGGCUGGAUCGGUGCUCAACUACGUCAACUCCUUCCCCGAAGAGGACAAUCGGCUGCUGCUGAUUCACGGGCUGAUCGAUGAGAAUGUGCACUUCUACCACACCUCCCAACUGAUCAGUGCCCUGAAUAAGGCCAACAAGCCGUACGAUCUGCAUGUAUUCCCUGAGGAGCGCCACUCGUUGCGUAAUCUGGAAUCGAAUAAAAACUACGAAACGAAAUUAUUAUCCUUCCUGCAAAACUUAUGAGAUU